AUGGCGGAAGGAGCUUUGUUCGAUCUUGCUGGGAAAGUCAUUAAUGUGCUGGGCUCUUUCAUUGCUGAAGAGGUCAAACUGGCCUUUGGUGUCAAAACUGAGAUUGAAAAUCUGAAGAGCACAGUCUCCAAGAUCCAAGCUGUGCUUCUAGAUGCAGAAAAGCGGAGUUCUCGUAGCCAUCAGAUCAAAGACUGGCUCAGUAAGCUCAAAGAUGUCCUCCAUGAUGCUGAUGACUUGCUGGAUGAUUUCUCCACCCAAGUUUUGCGCCAAAAAGUGAUGUCUGGAAACAAAAUGAAAAAGGAGGUACGCAUUUUCUUUUCAAGUUCAAACCAGCUUGCUUUUAGUCUUAAAAUGGGUCAUGAAAUAAAAGCAAUUAGUGAGAGACUAAAUGCCAUUGAAAAAGAGAAGAAGGCUUAUGACUUUAGUCAAAGCUUGGUUGAGCCACAAGUCAUGAAUAGAGGCAGAGGAACUUAUUCUUUUGUACUCAAAGAUGAAGUUAUUGGGAGAGAGAAUGAUAAGGAAGAGAUUAUGAAACGUCUUUUUGAUGACAGUGUUGAAGAGAAUAUUUCUAUCAUUCCAAUUGUUGGUAUCGGAGGAUUGGGCAAGACAACACUAGCUCGACUGGUAUACAAUGAUGAAGAUGUUCAAACAAGGUUUAAGAUAAAACUUUGGGUUUGUAUCUCUGAUAUCUUUGAUGUACAGCGGAUUGUUAAAGAAACUGUAGAACAGUUGACAAAGGAGAAGCUAGAAGGAAGCCUUGAGAUCUUGCAAAAUAAGCUUCGAGAAGAACUUGAUGGAAAACAAUACCUGAUUGUCUUGGACGAUUUGUGGAAUGAGGACAGUAGUGAAUGGCUUCUCUUGAGAAAUUUGUUAAUGGUUGGUAAAAAGGGAAGUAGGAUACUGGUAACUACUCGCUCAGAAAGUGUGGCGAGGAUAACGGGUGCAACUUCAUGGCAUGCUCUAAGAGGCCUUCCUGAAGAAAAGGCGUGGAGUUUGUUUGUAAAAGUGGCAUUUGAACGAGGUCAAGAACCUAAAAAUAAAGCCUUAGUAGCAAUUGGAAGGAAGAUUGUUGAAAAGUGUGAUGGAUUGCCUCUCGCUAUAAGAACAAUAGGAAGCCUAUUGUUCCUUAAUACUUCUGACAUUGAGUGGCAAUCCUUUUUAGAUAAUGAACUCUCAAAAAUAGGUCGACAAGAAAAUAAGAUCUCAUUAAUUCUUAAGUUGAGUUAUGAUCACCUUCCAUCACACUUAAAGCAAUGUUUUGCUUAUUGUAGAUUGUUUGCAAAAGAUUAUUGGAUUGAUGUAAAUACACUUAUUAAUCUUUGGAUAGCGCAAGACUUUAUUGUGUUAGAAGGUCCAAGACAGCGUUUUGUGGAUAUUGGAAGAAAAUAUUUUAUGGAAUUACUUUGGAGAUCGUUUUUUCAAGAUGUAGAAAAUGAUGAUUUGGGCAGUAUAGAAUCAUGUAAGAUGCAUGAUCUCAUGCAUAAUCUUGCAAUUCUUGUGUCUAGAACGGAAAGUGUCAUAUUAAAUUCAAGUGGGGAAAAUGUGAUUGAAAAAGUUCAUCAUGUAUCAUUUGAUCUAGUGGAUUCAUCGAGUCAAUUUUCAAUCCCCGUGGCUAAUAAAAGGAAGAUACGAACAAUUCUUGCAGCUAAUGUAGGGAGAAAGUUGGGUAACUUAACUUAUGAUGCACUUAUUUCAAAUCUCAAUUAUUUACGCACAUUGGAUUUGAGUUGUUUAAGGCCACAUGUAGUGCCCCAUUCAAUUGGGGAAUUGAGUCAUUUAAGAUAUCUUGAUCUUUCUCAAAAUAGAGAUAUUGUUGUUCUCCCUAAUUCCAUUACAAAGCUGCUAAAUUUACAGACGCUGAAACUUAAUGACUGUAAAUCACUUAAAGAAUUACCGCGGGGCCUUAAGAAAUUGGUCAAUCUUAGGCAUUUAGACGUUAGUGGGUGCUACGAAUUGACGCAUAUGCCCCUUGGACUUGGGCAUCUUACUUCUCUUGAGAUACUAACGAUGUUCAUUGUGAGGCAAGGGGGUUCCAAGGCUAGCUCGUAUAGUUGGUAUAAGAAAAAAUAG